CUGAGGAGCUCUGUAGAGCCUCUGCUCAGGUCGCCUUGAGGCAGAUUAAGGGCGGGAGAAGCGAGAGGCGGGAGGGAGGGGUGCGAAGGAAGGAAGGAAGGAAAGCAAGAAAGAAGGGAGGAAGGAGGAGGAGGAGGAGAGGAGAAGAGACGGACGGAGCGCGCUUCUGCCUUCUGCCUUCGGCUGCUGCUGAGCCCCCGCUCUCCCUGCUGGAGCUGUCCGCCGCCUUUGGUGCUGAAUUCACCUCGAGGAAGAGCGCGGUCCUUCUCGGUCCUGAAGGAGGGGCUCCUCUGCGAAGGGGACUGGGAAGGCGGCCCUCGGAUGGGUCGGGAAGGACGCGCCUGAACUGGAUUACAGUUGGGGACUCCCUUCUCUGGGGACUUGGGCUUUUUUCUCCCUCCGAGGCCAUGGUCACGCUCCCCCCGCAGUCCGGCCCACCCAGCAAGAGCAGGUACCAUUUGGUGGCUGAUAUGUAAAGCAAAAUGGCUAAAGUGGACACCUAUCACUCCUGCCCGGCCAUCCAUAGGCUGUCUCUAACAUCCAUUGACAAUGAACCUGAUAGACUUGGAAAUGGAUUUAUCAGGACCCACUCGCUGUGUGAGGAGGACACCUCUUCAGAAUUGCAGAAAGUCAUUUCCAUGGAGACCGGUGGCCUGCCUGAAUCUCGAAGGAAUUCCUUCACAGGCAGUGGAGCAAUGGCUAGAUUAUCAUGGCUUGUAUUGUCGCUGAGAUCCUGGGCCAGGAGAAACCUGCACCAUGAAGACCAAAGGCCGGAUUCUUUCCUUGAACGUAUCCGAGGGCCUGAGCUCAAAGAUUUUUCAAGCAGAGAUAGCAUCUCUCAGUUGAACUAUGAAGAUGCAGAUGGAUUGAAAAAUCAAUGGGCUUUGGCCAGAUUUAACAUCAACUACUCCAACAACACCAAUGAAGAAAAGAAGGAAGACAAGAAAGAGGUUAAGGAGGAGAAAAAGGAGGAGAAAAAGGAGGAGGAAAAGAAAGAGGAGAAAAAGGAGGAGAAAAAGGAGGAGGAAAAGAAAGAGGAGAAAAAAGAGGAGAAAAAAGAGGAGAAAAAAGAUGUCAAAAAGGAUGACAAAAAGAAGGAAGAAGAAAAGAAGAAAGAAGUCUUUGUGAUGGAUCCUUCCAGCAACCUGUAUUACAGGUGGCUAACCAUAAUUGCAACACCAGUCUUCUAUAACUGGUGUUUGUUAGUUUGUAGAGCCUGCUUUGAUGAGCUCCAAAUGGAAAACCUUACACUCUGGAUGAUUUUGGAUUAUUCCUCUGAUGCCAUCUACAUCAUGGACACAUUUGUCAGAUUUAGGACAGGUUUCCUUGAACAAGGGCUGCUGGUUCGUGAUGAGAAGAAGCUAAGACAAAAUUACCAAUCCACUAGACAAUUCAAGUUGGAUCUACUUUCCCUUUUUCCAACCGACUUGGCAUACUUAAAACUUGGAAUGAACUAUCCUGAAUUACGAUUUAACCGGAUCCUGAGGAUUGCCAGGUUGUUUGAGUUUUUUGACCGUACAGAAACGAGAACAAACUACCCAAACAUGUUUCGUAUUGGGAACCUUGUCUUGUACAUUCUGAUCAUUAUCCACUGGAAUGCGUGUAUAUUUUUUGCCAUUUCAAAGCAAAUAGGAUUUGGAAGCGAUACCUGGGUGUAUCCCAAUGUGUCACAUCCAGAACAUGGGCGUCUAGCCAGAAAGUAUAUUUACAGUUUGUAUUGGUCGACAUUGACAUUAACCACCAUUGGAGAAACUCCGCCUCCCGUGAGAGAUAUAGAGUAUCUGUUUGUAGUCAUUGACUUUCUGGUGGGUGUGCUUAUCUUUGCUACCAUCGUCGGUAAUGUGGGCUCUAUGAUUUCUAACAUGAAUGCUUCCCGGGCAGAGUUCCAGGCCAAAGUUGAUUCUAUCAAGCAGUAUUUGCAUUUCCGAAAAGUCACAAAAGACUUGGAAGCCCGAGUUAUUAAAUGGUUUGAUUACCUGUGGACCAAUAAGAAAACAGUGGAAGAGAAAGAAGUUCUCAAAUACCUUCCUGAUAAACUGAAGGCUGAAAUUGCCAUUAACGUUCACUUGGAUACACUGAGGAAGGUCCGUAUCUUCCAAGACUGUGAAGCUGGGCUGCUUAUUGAGCUGGUGUUAAAGUUACGACCGACUGUCUUUAGUCCUGGAGAUUAUAUCUGCAAGAAAGGGGACAUAGGCAGAGAAAUGUAUAUCAUCAAAGAAGGGAAAUUGGCUGUUGUUGCUGAUGACGGCAUAACCCAGUUUGUGGUCCUAAGUGAUGGAAGUUACUUCGGAGAAAUCAGCAUCUUAAACAUCAAAGGUAGCAAAUCUGGUAACAGAAGGACAGCCAACAUAAAGAGCAUAGGUUAUUCUGAUCUUUUUUGCUUGUCCAAAGAUGAUCUAAUGGAAGCUCUCACAGAGUACCCAGAUGCCAAAAAAGCUCUGGAAGAAAAAGGACGUCAAAUUUUGAUGAAAGAUAAUUUAAUUGAUGAGGAAGCAGCAAAAGCAGGAGCAGAUCCCAAAGAUCUGGAAGAAAAAAUAGUGAAACUUGAAUCAGCUUUGGACAUUCUCCAGACCAGGUUUGCUAGACUCCUAGCAGAAUACACGGCAGGUCAGGCCAAAGUCAAGCAGAGACUUGUAAAAGUAGAGACCAAGGUGAAGAAAUAUGGAAGUGACACCUUAUCAGGAGACGAGGCCGACAAACCAGCAGAAGCGAAACCAAAUUGAGUUGCACAGAGUGUGACACCGUGGAAAAAGAAUAUAUAUGAAAAUAUGUAAACAUUAUUAUUUUUAUAUGGACCCAAAGCAUUGAGUUUGUAGAGUUUUUAAUAGAUGCAAUUGUCUUGUAUAUAGGAAAUUAUUACAUUUUAUGAUAUUAUUAGGAACAGAUCUUUAGUACUUUGAUUAUUUUUAUAUUGAUUACUGGUUUCUAAUGAGCCCUGAGCACACCUUCCUGUUUGCAACUUGAACAAGUGUGAAAAAAAUCUGUACUUUUCACAGUGUGUUUGGCAUGGAAAGGAGUCUUGUAUAACUUAAGAGUGAGUGGAGAGAUGAAACAGAUGCACACACACAUGUAUAUCUAACAAUGCUACUUGCACAUUUUAUAACCUGAUAAUAAUCAUCGAAGCUUCUCAAUUAUUAUAAUCAAUACAUUUCCUCAGUCAUUCGAUUGAUUUUCAGGAAACUAGAUACAUAUUGUUUUAAUCUACUGCUGUAAACCGCUCUGAGCCAAAUUGGGAGUGGCGGUAUACAAGCCAAAUAAAUAAAUAAAUAAAUAAAUAAAUAAAUAAAUAAAUAAAUAAAUAGCUUUAGUACCUGCAAAUUGUUGCACUGUGAAUGAACUAAUUUUAUACUUAUAUGUCAAAGUUGUAACUUUCUUCUUUACUAUCUCUGGUCACUUGAAAGGAUACCAGAGGGAUGCUAUACCACACUUUUGCCUUGAAAAAUAUACAAAUAUAUAUACCUGGAAUAGCAGGGCUACUGCGGUCAAUCCUUUCUUUCAAGAUUGAGUUCAAAGAAACCGGUUUGACAGUUUGCAGCAGUAGCAGCUGACUGUACACAUCCACCAAUUGGUGGAUGUGAAGGGCAUUAUUAAUUUGCUACAUCCUUCUCCUCUCUAGAGCACUGUUUCAACUGUUUAAAAUUGUUGUGAUUUUUAUGGUUAUUAUUGCUGAAUGAAGUUUUAAUUGUACAAAGAAGUGUUUGAAAAUUAAAAUAGGCAGGCAUCUGGCCUCAAAAUAUGGGUUUCAGAACAAGAUGAAAUCAAUUUUCAAGCUGGCUAAAACCUCAUGUUGUAGGGUGAAGACUAAGGACCUCAUCACAUGGAAGUCCUUAACCCCAGGGGACCAUGGGGUUAGUGUGGUGAAUCAGUUGAGUAGUGCCCUGACCUGCAUUGCCCUCUUGCCAUUCUACACUGGUAUUCGUCUGGCUCUGGAUUGCUCCCACACUGUCCUAUGAGAACACAGGUAGCCACCUAUUUUGUCAGGACUGCCGCUUAGUAUGCUGCCAAGACGCAGUGGGCAUGGAGCCCUGCUGGAAGUAGCCCUGCGUCAUGUGAUGUGCUCCAUUGGGCUCUAUCCUGGCUGCAUCUCAGCAGAGUCCUAGGAUGAGGCUGAAAGCCCAUGUGAUGAGGUCGUAACAGAACAUACAAACUGACCAUCUUAACUCCAUUUUAUGUGGUUCCCUAGUUGUUUCAAAAUGCAGUAUGAUGCUUAUAUCUGCAGGGGAUACAAUCCCAGACUUUGUAUGGAUAUGUCAAACUGUGGAUAAUAGCUAACCCUAUCGAAAUGAAGGACUUCCAGCCCAAGUGUACCAUAGAAUCAUGCUGGAGGAUGUAUAAAAUAACCAUAGAAUGCAUAUUGUGUUGGACAGGAAUAAGUCAAACUACAAAAAAUGGUCCAAUGCAUAAGGGGUUGUACUGUAUGAGACACCUCUGAAUUAAAAAAACUGAGUUAUGCAUCAGAAAAUCAGGUUUGAAUGUCACUGAUGGCAUAAGCCUACUUAUUUAAGCCUCUCCUCCCAUCCCUUCUACUUCAAUCUUCCUAUCUGCUUAUGGGGCAUGACAAUUUUCUCUUACCGUGAAGGUUUCUUGUAACAGUUAACAUCAUCAUAAUGCAUAAUGUGAAACUCUUUGGACACUUAAAAGUGAUAUGUACAUGUUAGGUAUUAUCUAAAUGAUGCAAAAGAUCAUUUAUGUUAAUAUUAUUCUGAUUUUGUUUUAAGGAGAAAUUCGAAAAAUCCAAAAUUGCCCACAUGGGUGGCUGGAAAGUGACACCUUUGCUUCUGAUGGUUCCUCACAUGCAGACUUAUUGUAUACAAUUACCUUAAGGCUAUAUCUACAAGGUGUAGAGGAAACAUCAAUGAAUUUUGUGCUUAAACUUGGGUUCAUCCUUCAGAAUAACUUAUUAUGGACAUAUAUGCAAAACACCCCUGAUCCCAAGCAUUUUGGGUAAAGGAUAAUUACCCUGCAUGUGUCUGGGACUGCAGUCAUUUCACUUCAGACUAAUGUGAAAUAGAAGACCUAUUAGAUUAAUGAUCAUUAUCUGUCUGAUGAUUCCAUGCAUGAAAAAGCAACCCACAGGUUCAUGUGGCAUGGACUGUGAUCUUGUUUUCAAUAGACGCAAGAACAUGAACAUGUUGGCUGCCUUUCUCACUGAAAUGGAUGAGUCAUCACAGUCUCUAGUAUUGGCUGAAUCAUUGGAUUCUGAGAAUUUGAGCUUUGAUAGCAGCUUAAUAGGAUUCUAAGAACCUCAGCUUUCUUUUAAAGGCAGGCAAUCAAGCUUCAAGGAUACAUUCGAAAAGAGCCUGAAAUGUUACCGUUCUGGACAACAGCUGCCAGGCAACAUGGCCAAGGCUAAGAAAUUCCGGAAAUUGUAGUCAAAAGAAAAAAAUGAUAUUGCCUUGGGAAUGGGAGCUUAGGAAGCUGUUCAUUUGGGCAGCCUUCCUCUUUAAAGUGAGUGGAUACUAUGAAUUACAUGACAGUACAUGAUUCAUAUAAUUUAUCCAGAUUGCACACUUAAUACUAUGAAAAUAGGAGAAUCAAAAUGUGUUUAGCAAAGAGCACACACAGUUUUAAUUAAAUACUAAUAUUUGCAGGAAAAAAAGUUAAAUAAAAAGGUUGCACAGAACCCUUUACUUAAUACAGCAAAAGAGACAUUGUGAUAUUGUUAUAUUGUGUGUUGAGGCCUUGGCCUUUGUAAGCCGCAUCGAGUCCUUCGGGAGAUGCUAGCGGGGUACAAAUAAAGUUUAAUAAUAAGUAAUAAUAAAAAAAGACACUCCUCAGUUUAUAAUAUAUAACAGUUGUCUUCAAUUUGGUUCCCACCAGAGUUGCUAUGUGUUAACUGUCUCAUGGCUAUUGGCCUUCAACUUGUGUAUAAUGGGAAUUGUAGCCCGACAUAUCUGGGCGUGUCAGUUUGGGAAAAGCUAGGAAAAAAGUAUAGUUUUUUUUAUUUAUACAAUAAUAUCACUUAACUCCUGUUAAAGAAAAAACCGCAUUGCAAUGAAACAGGAUAGAGAUCAGACUGACUUAAUAGCCAAAGAAACUAGAAAUUAAAUCCAGCCCCUCAUUAAUAGCUUCUCAUGUAUGGUAUACUUGGUUUUCUGGCAAAUCUGUAAAAAUAUAAUUCAAGCAUUGAAUAAAGUCUUAGAUUCAUGGCUGAUCUGCACAGCACAACUAUUCACAUGAAGGGAGCCACCCCACUUUUCCAGUUGUACAGGUUAUAACCAGUUGUACAGGUUAUACCCAGUAUGGCCAACCACAAGUCAGUUGCCAUUCCAGCACCAGUGCAAACUAUCGUUAGUGAUGACCAGAAGUGAAACUGAAAUUCAGUGUGUAGUACAGGCAUGGGAAAACUUCAUCCCUCCAGGUGUUUUGAACUCCAAAACACCUGGAGGGCUGAAGUUUGCUCAUGCAUGGUGUAGUAAGAUUUCUGCAUAUGUUCCUGUAGCCUUGGAGAGCCUGUGCUCCUCCCAGAUAUUUUAAACAUCUAUGUCUAGAAGCCAUAGCCAGCAUAGCCAAAGGAUCAUGGGAGUUGGAGUAUAAUAUAUCUGGAAGACAGGUUCUUUAGUUCUGCUUUAUGGUUAUUUGAUAGAACAGUUAUGCCAUAGAAGAAAUCAUUUCAUGUGGUUACUGUAACAUACAUUUCCAGUUUUAAGAGGUCACCACUGAAAAAAAUGAUAUAGGAAAGUUCUGUAAUUUAAACAUUCUGUUUUUAAUUGUUCUGUUUCAUGAUCCAAGAUUCCUCUCCCUUGUUUUCAGUGCAACAGAUUGGCCUUUCUUCAAAAUCCUUUCAAAUUCUUCAAAUUGUAGGAUGCUGGCAAAUAAACCAUCAGUUUGAAA